CUCAAAGAUAUCAACGGUAAAGGAACAACAAUUCUACUGCCAACACAGCAAAAACAGGAAAAUCAAACAACAAAAACCAAAAAAAAAACUGGAUGAUAGAAUGAAACAUUUGAGAGAUCUCUUCAAGAUCAAGCAAGCAAGAAACUGAGACUAACUACAUGAACUGCUCCACACACAAGAUUGUGAGACCAGAGGACCUUUUUCAGGCUCUGAAGAAAUGGACGGUCGCAAAAGCCAGUCUGUUAAGAAAUCUGCAAUCACAGAGACAAAGCUGGAAAACUUAUUGGAGGAUCUGGACAUUAAGCAGUACUACGAAGAGAAGCUAUCACUUGGCAGAAUACUUGAGAUUAAUAAGAAGACCAUCACUGAUCAGCCUGCCAAGAGUAAUUCAGAUCUUCUAUGGUGUUUUCUAAAGAAACUGAUGAUGGUUAAUGUGACAGCUAGAAAUGUGAAAUUAGUGAGUGAAUCAGUUUCUAAUGAUAAAUCAAAGGGUUCAAACGUAGAUUUUGAUGAUCUCUUUGAGUGCCCAAACACUGGUAACAAGCUAAACCCCCUCGAUAUAAUCACUGCUCUCUUUCUGUGUUCUGAUGGUUUUCUGCAGCAGGAAAUGGCACUAAAAAUGUCCCUGUGUCAGUUCUCUGUUCCUCUGCUGCUUCCCAAUUGUGACACCAAUCAGUGCACACUCAUGCUGUGGGCCAUGAGAGACAUUGUUAAAAAGUACAGACCUCAGUCUCUGUCAGACUCCAAGGGCUUCAUUGAAGACAGAAUCGUUCUCUCUGAACUUCCAAUGAUCUCUUUUGUCAGACUGGGUGAGUGCUCUUUGUCCAAGUCAGAGAUUCUCAAUAAGUUUCUGAGCAAUUCUCAGCAACACCAUGACACCUUUGUUCACCGCAACAUGAAGUGUGGUGACAGUCCAAGGGCACUAUCAUACGGAUUGACUGAAAUUACUUGGUAUCUUCCUGGUGGAAACACAAGCAUUGAUAUUUUCAGUCAGCCAGUGGCUGUAGCUAACCUUCGUGGGGACAUUGCUUCAUUUGACACACAAUACUCCUUUCUGUGUCAGACAUCUGCAGCAGUUUUUGUGUUCUUUGACCAUUUAUGCUUUGACUGCAGUCUACUUACCAAACACCUGCACAAGGCACAGAUUUUCUUAGUGGGUAACUAUGAGAGCCAGAGCUUCAGUAAAGAUGCUCUGAAAAAAGUAGCUACUGAAAUGGACUUAACUACAAACAACAUCAUUAUUAAGACGAAACUGAAAAAUGAUGCAGACUUAGUAGAAGAACUGAGAAAAAAAAUCACAGAUGUGGUUGAGAACUCAAAUAUGAAGAUGACAAUAGAGCAGAUGGCAGACAUUGCCCAUGAACUGGGAAUCCUGGUUGAUGAAGACUCUCCAGAGUGUCAGACUGCAAAGAAAAAUGCAGAAGCCAUCACUGCUGAAAUUCAAGACAUCCAUAAAUUCAAAGAAGAUCAGCUUCCACGGCAAGGUAAAAUAUGGAAAGAACUGACCUGCUUAGAGAAAGAAGAGUUUCAACCUCGAAAUGUUGGCUCUAAAAAUAUAGAAGAUUACAAAAGUGAACUUUGGCUAAAGAAACAAGGAAUGCGGAAAAAGCAGAACACUUAUGACAUGUCCACAGCUAUGACAUGUUUCAUUAGUGCAAUAUCAAGCCCAAGAACAGAGAGGUUUUAUUUCUUGAAAUGGAUGCGAAUGAACCUCGAUAACUUGUCUCUUGUAAAACUGUCUGAACUUCGGGAGAAAUAUAAAGAAAAAUGCAAGAACGCUAAGAACAAAGAGGAGAUCAAAGAAAUUUACGAACAAAUUUCCAACAGCUCACUGGGGACUGAACACUUCUUCCGUGAAAUGGGUCAGAUCUAUGAAGCCUCACUGUCCCUUCCACAAACAGAUCUAUCACGUCAACAGCUGCAGCAUCUGCCCAAACUGUUUGCAAAGUUGUUGCUUGAUGGAUUUCCUCUUGAGCUUGUAGAUGGAGAUGCAUCCAACAUCCCUCUCAGAUGGGUGAGUGAUGUUCUCUCUCAGCUCAGUGACUUGGUGUCUCCAAACAGAAAGAUCCUGGUAGUCACAGUUCUUGGAGUUCAGAGCACAGGAAAGUCCACUCUCCUUAACACCAUGUUUGGAGUGCAGUUUGCAGUCAGCAGUGGUCGAUGUACUCGAGGUGCCUUUAUGUUGCUCAUCAAAAUCAAUGAAGACAUGAAAAAAGUCCUAAAGUGUGACUUUAUGCUGAUCAUUGACACUGAGGGCUUAAAGUCACCAGAACUCGCACAACUAGACAACAGCUAUGAGCACGACAACGAGCUUGCUACACUUGUUGUGGGGCUGAGUGAUGUCACCAUUGUCAAUGUUGCAAUGGAGAAUUCAACUGAAAUGAAGGACAUCCUACAAAUAGUUGUGCAUGCUUUUCUCAGGAUGAAGGAGGUGGGGAAAAAAAAGCCUAAAUGUCAGUUUGUUCACCAGAAUGUGUCCGAUGUUUCAGCCCAUGAGAAGAACUCACGAGACAGGAAGCUGCUCCUGGAACAGUUAAAUGAGAUGACCCAGGUAGCAGCCAAAAUGGAAAAGAAAGAGGAGAACAAGAGCUUCACUGAUGUGAUGGAGUACAGUCCAGACACUGGGAAUUGGUACAUUCCUGGACUCUGGAAUGGAAACCCACCAAUGGCACCAGUCAAUGCAGGGUACAGUGAGGCUGUAUAUGAGCUCAAGAAACACAUCAUCCAACUGCUGGGAAACUGUGAGUCAUCUGCUAAUGAUAUCAUGGAGUUUAAAGAGUGGGUGACAAGUCUGUGGACUGCUGUAAAGCAAGAAAACUUCAUCUUCAGCUUCAGAAACAGCCUCGUAGCUGAUGCAUACGUGAGACUCUGCACAGAAUUCAACAAAUGGGAGUGGGAAUUCAAAAAAAAAAUGUACACCUGGGUAAUAAACGCAGAAACAGAGAUUUCCAAUUUUGGUACAGUUGCAGCAAAAUCUGAAUCUUCAGACUUGACAGAAUUGCUCACAUCUUUGAAAAGUAAAGCCUCCAGAGUGCUGUCCACAUGGGAGGAAGAACUUCUCGAAAAUCUGAAACAGUAUUUCAAACAAACAGAGGGUCAUGUUUAUCUUGUAGAAGGAUACAGAGAGGAAUUCUCAAACAGUGCAAAGAGCCUUCGAAAAGAAAUGGAGAGAUCUGUUUUUAAUCAGCUCACAGCAGCAGCAGAAAACAGACGGAAAAAAAUGGCAGAAACUGAAAAAAUCAUAGAGAGUCAUAUAAAAGAGAUUGAAAAGGCAGUUUGUGCACUAAUUUAUGAAUGCCGGAAAAAGAAAGUCCAGAUGAGUGAUAAAGAGCUGGACAAAGAGUUUGAUAAGAUAUGGAAUGUAACUCUAAAGAAACUUUCUUCUUCUGAACAAAAGACAACAGAUGUCUUCAACAACGUAUCUCAGUGCCUGAAAAUAAACCUGUCACGCAGCAGUGUGACUUAUCCAAGUCAAAAAAGUCUGCAGGAUUGUGGAAGAGAGCCUUUCAAAUAUACAAGUGAGAAAAUACUUCACAGAGUGGCUAAAUGGUUCAACACUGACGAUCACAUAAUGGCUGUACAAAAACUGUCUGACAACAUCAUACGUGACUGCACUCAGUUUGUGAGUGAAACAGUGAAAAGCAAAAACAAUUACUCUGACACUUAUAUCCAGGAGAUUCUACACAUCAUUGAUGAGAAACUACAAAACAAUCAAGAUGUUAAGACAAAAAUCGAGUUUGAAGUUUCUCUAAAACAGCACAUCUGUGGAUUUGCAGCCAGAGAGUUUCAGAAGAUGCACAAAGCUUUCAUCCAAGCAAAUGAUCCCUACAGAUAUCUGAUGAAAAACAAGGAAAAGUUUCGUGAUGAUUUCAUUGAUGUGUUCCAUGAAAGAGACCAGUGUCAGAAGAAGGCAGAAGAAUUCACCAACAAAUGCUUAAAACCUGCUGUUGAAGUUUUUAUCAAUCGUUUCCUGGGUCCAGAUAUCAUUGGUGAAAUGAUGACAUGUGAGCAGUUCAGCACACGAAUGUCCUUCCAGUAUUCAAUUUUACUGGAUUUACUUUCAAAGGAUGAUUUUCAAAACUAUGUGAGCUAUACUGACUCAUAUGAGGAUUAUGCAAAGACAUGGAUACUCAACAAAAUAUUGGAGCGCUUCUCAACUGUGUCACUAUUUGAGUUUGAGGACCAACAUCUUCAGUCAUGUAUCAGAAGCAUAAAUGAUGCCAUCGACAAGGCCCAAAGAGGAAAGAGUGAUGAUUUGAAGACAUUUGUUGAAGAUAUUUGUAAAGAAAUUGGUGAUAAACUGGUCAUUUCACAGGAUGCUCUUGGUGCUUUCAUGACCAUGAACAAUGCUGACAAGGAACAGUUUGCUCACUGGCUCACAGUGUCUGUGAAUGAGAUAGCAGAAGAUCUGAGAAAAGAGUCUCAGAGACUGAACAAAACGAAACUACAGCAGCUCCGUGUGCAGCCCCAGAAUGAGCUUUUCAACAAACUGAUUGGUUGUGGCAAACAGUGUCCAUUCUGCAAAGCUCCCUGUGACGCAGGAGGAGGAGGCCAUACUGAGCACUUUGCUUCACUGCAUCGACCAGAGGGUCUGGGUAGAUUCAAGUGGAACAGUACAAAAAGACUUGCCACUGAGAUAUGCUCUUCCUCUGUGAACAGUGACAGCAGCUUUAGAUGCAGUGCUACAAAUGAUAAAUGGCACCCUUAUAAGCGUUACAAGGAAAUGUUUCCAGACUGGAAAAUCCCUCCAGAUGUGAGCCUUGAGGCAUCAGACUACUGGAAAUAUGUGAUGGCAAAGCACAACAGUGAUUUUGCUAAAAUAUAUGAUGCAAUACCUGCUGACAUCCCUCCAGCUUGGAAACAAAUCACCAGAGAUCAGGCAGAAAAAAGUCUCAAAGAGUCAUUUCACAUUAAGUAAGAGGAGUUAUAUUCUUCCUCCUGUUCUUUAAGUGCAGAGUACACAUCCUCAGAUAUUGUAGUAUCGCUUUGUUUUUAUGAUGUAGAUUAAUGUACAUUAGCUACUAUGGCUUACAAUAUGGUAAAAUAAGAACAUUUCUUUUAUUAUUGCUCACUUUGACAUGAGUUUGCAAUUAACACCUAAAAUGAAAAAGAAUCUCCUCAAAUGUGCCUUGUUUUGGUUUGUUGUUGUUAUUUUUUGUUAUUUAUAUUUAUGUUUCUCAUGGAUGCCUGAGUCUGUAUGUAAAUGGCCUGUAUUUGUGUAGUGCUUUACUUAGUCCCUGUGGACCCCAAAACACUUUACGCUACAUUCAGUCAUCCACCCAUUCACACACUGGUGAUGGCAAGCUAGUAGCACCAGUAGGCAACGGGUGAAGUGUCUUGUCCAAGGACACAACGACCGAGACUGUCGGAGCUGGGGCUCGAACCGGCAACCUUCCGAUUACAAGACAAACUACCAACUCUUGAGCCUGUUAUGGAAAAUCUUGAAUAAAAAUUGCAACCAACAGGUGAGCGUGUCUUUGAAGCGAGGUUUAUUAAAAAAGAAAAGAAAAACACUGCAGUGGAGAAAAACGUUCAGAUCACACACCUAACCCGUUUUUCUCUGAUAUCACCCUGAACCCUUUUAUACCUCCCAAACAAAGAACAUUCCACAGCAGAUCAAUUAUUAGCAGAUCCUUAUCUCUUCAAUCUAGGAACAGUUCCGCACCAACCGUCAUCUCAUCUGCAACAGGAUGUCCAAAUCCCUUAAGAGGAGAAUGAGUCUGCUUGUGAAGGUGCAAUAAAACUUGGGCCCCACUUGUGAUCACAUUCCAGAUACAUACAACUGCUGUCAAGAGUGAGCAUUCUAUACUAAGUACAGAAAGUGUUACUACUAUUACUAAAGUGAUGUAAUUAAUACAUAAACUAAAGAAAUUUCCAAUACAAGCCACGAUUGUAUGUGGUAUUAUUCUAUUAAAACUAAAAAGAUCCAUUAGAAUUUAAAGUUGUUUUUAUUUCUGAGGUAUUUACAUAUUCAGUUUUCACCUGAGAAGAAAGUUUUCUUAUCCGAGUAUGUAAUCAUAUUCAGAAAUUAGUCACUUUCUUUGUCUGAUUUUUUUUUUAAAUUUUCUUUUACUUUUACUUUACCAUUCUAAUCAUCAUUGUCCAUUGUUUGUAAAUGCAAGAUGUUACUUUCUUUCAUCUCAAGCUUUGAGUUUCUGAAUUGAGGAAAAUAAAGUAAAAGCAAAACAACAGG